AUGCACGACACAUCGCACGCUGCGUACACGGAGCUCGUUUCCUGCGGCGCCCGGCAGCCAGCGACCAACUCGGCCCCUCCUCCUCCAAGGCCCGCGGCGCCUCCGCAGACGGCUGCCGGAGAUCAAGCGGACAGCCUCCUGCUCGCAGCGCUCCGCUCCUUCAGGGCGAAAAGGGCGCAGGCCGACAAGGUUGAGCCCUACCACGUCCUGCACAACUCCGUGCUGCGGUCGGUUGCGGCCCGCUGCCCGACGAGCCUCGAUGAGCUCAAGCUCGUCAACGGCAUCGGGAUGGACAAGAUGAACACUUACGGAAGCGAGAUUGUGCGCAUUUGUCAGGAGUCAGCGCCGGCUCGACCGGCCGCGCCUCCGGGGCCGCUGCCACAAGGCGCCACCACCACCCCGUGCAACAAGCGUAAGACGCCCGCCACCGGGUCCGGCACCGCCACCGGCACGACGGUUGCCGUCGCUAAGAGGCCCUCGGGGUGGCCGUACGCGUCGUCGCCGGCGCCCAAGCCGGGCAUCCCAUGA